CUCUCCUGUGAGGCCAGGAGAUGGUUUCUGAGGUCUCUCCAGCUCCAACAUGCCCUGCUUAGGCGCGCUCUGGCCUCUCCUGCUCCAGUGACAGCUGUCGCUCUUGGACCCACUCCUGCCACGUUCUUGAGAUUCUCGCUGGCCUUCCCCGCUUAGCCACGCCUGUGGGCAGAGAAGCCCCAGAUCAGAAUCUCCAAGGCUGGAUGCCGGCCAGCACUUCACGCCCCACGCCCCGUCCUUCCCCUGUGUUCUCCAGUGAGGAGCGUUGAGUGAAGCAAAGGAAACGGGCUGGAGCUGAGCCAGGGCGCCGGUCCUGGACGCGGCUCCAUCUUUUAUUCAGAGAAUGACCUCAUCCUUGGUCUUGGUUCUUUAAAGGGAAGUGCAGGGGGUCUCUUUCCUGCAGCCUGGAUUGCAUUUGCACUGCCCCCCAUCCUCCACAGCAUCAAAGAAACAGACUUGACCUAGAAGAGAGUCCCAGGUUUGAGGAUUUAGAGUCAAGACUGCAUUUGUCCCCCUUCGAUGAAUUUAUUACGGAUUUAACCUCUGGCCCAGAAUACCUCCUCCUCUCGGGGCCCCAUUUCCCUCUCUCUGGGGACCCCUGCCCUCCCGCAAUUCUCUCUGAUCACCCCAAACCUCCCCUCCCCCAGCCCCAGCUUCAUUUACCUCCGACUCAUCUGGUCUUAUUUUUAGCUCCAGCUUUUUUCCUUUCUUAAUAUGGCGAUGAGCUCUUAGGCCAGUGUGGGGACAGGGGCUGAGGAGCCCUGGGCAUUGGGGGAGGGGGAGGGGAAGGAAGCUCUGAGAGCCCGGGUGAGAGGUGCUGGAGGUAGGAGGAUCCCGGCCCUCACGGAGCCGGCCUGGCCGCAGAAGGUUAUCUGUCUCUCCUGCCAAUCCUGGAGACAUAUUUAGACGGGACCAGGUGGGGGCCGAGGGGUGCCAACCUCGGGGGCAGCUCCGGUUCCCUCCCCGCCCCUGCUCCUAUUCCUCCUCCUGACCCUUUUUCUCUUGGCUCUGUCGGCAAUUUCUCCAGGACCCAGCAGCGUCCUCUGUCCACUGCUCUGGGCCGUUCCCCACACCCCCCCCAACUCAGGAUUCGGGACCCAGGGGCUCCUCCCUCCCCCAGCUAACCUCUUCUGGACCAGGAGAGCCGACCCAGACCCCUCUACCUCCAUGAGCGCUGCAGACAGGAUGGGGGCCAGAGCUGUGCCCGGCCUGCGGCUGGCACUGCUGUUACUGCUGGUGCUAGGGACACCCAAGUCAGGGGUGCACGGGGAGGAAGGGCUGGACUUCCCCCAGUAUGAUGGUGUGGACCGUGUGGUCAACGUCAACGCAAAGAACUACAAGAAUGUGUUCAAGAAGUAUGAGGUGCUGGCACUGCUCUACCAUGAACCCCCCGAGGACGACAAGGCCUCACAAAAACAGUUUGAGUUGGAGGAGCUGAUCCUGGAGUUAGCAGCCCAAGUUCUAGAAGACAAGGGUGUUGGCUUCGGGAUGGUGGACUCUGAGAAGGACGCGGCCGUAGCCAAGAAACUAGGGCUAACUGAAGAGGACAGCAUUUAUGUAUUCAAAGGAGAUGAAGUCAUUGAGUAUGAUGGCGAGUUUUCUGCUGACACCCUGGUGGAGUUUCUGCUUGAUGUCCUAGAGGACCCUGUGGAACUGAUUGAGGGGGAACGAGAGCUGCAGGCAUUCGAGAAUAUUGAAGAUGAGAUCAAACUCAUUGGCUACUUCAAGAACAAAGACUCAGAGCAUUACAAAGCCUUCGAGGAUGCAGCAGAGGAGUUUCACCCCUACAUCCCCUUCUUCGCCACCUUCGACAGCAAGGUGGCAAAGAAGCUGACCCUGAAGCUGAACGAGAUUGAUUUCUACGAGGCCUUCAUGGAAGAGCCUGUGACCAUCCCAGACAAGCCCAACAGCGAAGAGGAGAUUGUCCACUUCGUGGAGAAGCACAGGAGAUCAACCCUGAGGAAACUGAAGCCUGAGAGUAUGUAUGAGACCUGGGAGGAUGAUAUGGACGGAAUUCAUAUUGUGGCCUUUGCAGAAGAAGCUGAUCCUGACGGCUAUGAAUUCUUAGAGACUCUCAAGUCUGUGGCCCAAGAUAACACUGAUAACCCUGAUCUCAGCAUCAUCUGGAUUGAUCCUGAUGACUUCCCCCUGCUGGUUCCCUACUGGGAGAAGACAUUCGACAUCGACCUAUCGGCCCCACAAAUAGGAGUCGUCAACGUCACUGAUGCGGACAGCAUAUGGAUGGAGAUGGAUGACGAAGAGGACCUGCCUUCUGCUGAGGAGCUGGAAGACUGGCUGGAGGAUGUGCUGUCCGGCGAGAUCAACACAGAGGAUGAUGACGAAGAUGACGAUGACGAUGAUGACGACGACGACUAGGUGCUGGGCAGCCAUCGCCCAGCCCCACCUGCCCUCCUCAUGCUCCCUCCUGCCCUCCCUGUCCUUCCUUGAGCGCCUCCAGGGACACCAGGUCAUCCUCUGGCUUGGGGCCCUUGAAGUCUCUAUGUUGGGUGCUGAGAUCCAAGGAGCUACCUUUCCCUACACACUGGCCCAGCUCUCUGACUUGUGUUUCCUGUCCCACGAUAUCCCUGUAUCCAUUUUUUGUUUCUUCCACCGCCCCCCACAUGCGCUUUCUUGCGAUUCCCUCUUGCCGCAUCUAAGGGCCCUCAUCUCUCUUCCGCUCGCUCCCUCCACCUGAGCACAUGCUUACCCCACUCUCUCAAAUCCUCUAUCUUUCUGACUGUCCUCUCCCUGGCCAGGAGGAUGGGAGGGUACUGUGUUUGGGGCUGCAGCUCAGCAAUCUCUUGUUAAUGUAUUUGGGUCAAACGAGAGACCUUAAUAAAGGAUCUGGGGCACCAUGA